AGCGGCAUAGGGAGCGAGCGAGCGAGCGAGAAGGAUGGGAGGGGGGAAGAUGUCGGCGGCGGCGGCGGCGGCGAGGUGGGCGGAGGGGUACCCGUGGAAGGAGAAGCUGGCAAAGUACAAGGGGGAGCUGAGCAAGGGGGUGUGGGGGUACUGGGAGCUGGGGGCGUGGAAGCCGCUGGGGAUCAGCGGCCGGCAGCGCGCGCGGCUGCGCAAGGAGGUGCUCCUCGCCGGCGAGGACUGGGCCUACGACCCGCCCCGCGGCGAGAUGCGCACCAAGCGCAAGGGCCACAAGGUCGACCGCAUCGCCGCCGAGAAGCGCGCCAACACCGUCGAGCUGAUGAAGAAGAUGCCGCAGAUGCUCCUCGACUACAAGAAACGCAGAUGGGAUAAGAAGAUGAAAGAGGAGGAGGCGGCGGCGGCAAAGGCCACUUAGGGGACUGGCCUGCUGGUGGGGACUCUACCGCUUGCUGCAGCAAUCGUGAAGGAACUCAUAAUAUAUUCUGCAUACCAUGAAACUAGUCUCCCUUUUUGUUUGAUGAUGAGGCCAAGCUGUUGAUCAGGGAUGCUGCUCCUCCUGAAUAAGGUCGAAGGGAGUGUAAUGUAGGAACCUCUUCAUAGGGUGAUUGGCUUGUGGUUUUUUUGCCUUGCUGGUUUCCGGCUCUCCUGACACCUAUGACAAUUUGUAGUGCAGAUUUUUUUUUAUUAUCCUAAAACAUUGGUCAUCACCUAAUCAAGAUUCUAGCUUGGCCCAACCUGCACUGAACUCCACCUGUUUGCUGGAACAGAUUAAUAAUGAGUGUGUGUGUUAAAUCA